AUGGCAAAGGCUACUCGUCUCGUCUCGGCCCUCUGCAUCCUAGCCUUUGCCGCCAUUGCCCAAUGCCACAAACACGAAGAAUUCACAGUCGAGGGCGAUGUUUAUUGCGAUCCUUGCCGAGUUCAGUUCCAAAACGCUCUUAGCGACAAGCUUUCAGGGGCCCUCGUGAAGCUGGAGUGUGUGAACCUCGACACGAAGGCAGUCACAUACAGCGUAGAAGGUGUGACAGAUGGUAACGGGAAGUACAGCCUCAAGGUGAGUGGGGACCACGAGAACGACUCGUGCUACGUCACGGCCCUCAAGAGCCCGAAGCCAGAGUGCAGCGAGCCCUUGACUGACGUGCAACUUUCCCUAGUCGUGCUGACCGAGAACAUCGGAAUCCACUCGGACGUCCGGUUCGCUAACCCGAUCGGGUUCAUGACCAAGGACCCACACCCGCAGUGCAUUUCUAUUCUCCAGGAUAUUUUCUCCGACCAGUAA